AUGAAUAAAAUACCUUCAGGUAAAAGUUGGAAUGCGUCUAAAUUAGACCUUGCAAAACAACUUUAUAAUUUAAGAAACUAUAAAUCGGCCUACAAUCUCUUCAAAAAACUUACUAGCGAAAUACAAGAAAAUUAUACUCAUGAUAAGGGUAUUGAAAUAUAUGGUACUGCCAUAUAUUAUAUUGUACUUUGUAAUUUAUAUGGGAAGGACACUGAAAAAAAUGAAGUAUACACUUUAAGUAUCACAAAUUAUCUUGGCCAAAAACAACAAUAUAAUGAUGCUUUAAAAAUUUAUGAUAUAUUAUUUUUUAAAGCCGAAAGUGAUAAAAUAAAAUCAAAAGCUUCUUAA